AUGUUGCUGAAGCAGAAGAAGAAUCAGCCCUUGAAGGGAAACAGGUUUCUGAUUAGCGUUACUGUUCUGGGGAGUGCCGGGCCGAUUAGGUUCGUGGUUAACGAGGACGAGGUUGUGGCUGCUGUGAUUGAUACAGCUUUGAAAUCGUAUGCGCGCGAGGGGAGGCUCCCGAUUCUUGGAUCUGAUCUCAACAAUUUCAUCCUGUAUUGCCCUGUUUCUGGAACUGAAGCGCUUAGUCCAUGGGAGACAAUUGGGUCCUUUGGUCUGCGCAAUUUCAUGCUGUGCAAGAAGCCUCAAACCGAAAAUUCCAUCGGCGGUGGCGGUGGCGGUGGCGGCAAAUCAUCGGCUCCGGUUACAGUGUCUCGGAAAGGGGCUGGAAGUUGGAGGGCUUGGUUUCAUAAAUCUCUCAAUCUGAAGAUAUCUUCUCAUUGA